AUGGAGGCUGCCUGGCUGCAGCCGCCGGCGAUGGCGGAGGUGCAGGCGGCCGGGCCCGGGGCGGGCUCGGUGGUGAGCGCCGAGCUGGAGGUGAAGAAGCUGCAGGAGCUGGUGCGGAAGCUGGAGAAGCAGAACGAGCAGCUGCGGAGCCGCGCGGCGGCCGCCGCCGCCCCCCCGACCCCGGCCAGCCCGCACCUGCUGUUACUCCCGCCGCCAGCCCCCGCCAUCGGCUCCCCCGCAGCGGCCGGGCGAGCCCCGAGCGGCAGCCCCGGGGCCCUGUGCAUGCCGAGCCCGGCGCCCACUCUCCUGUGCACCGCUAGCCUGGGCCCGCCGGAGCCCUUCGUCUAUUUCAAGCCCGCCCUGGCUGGCCUGGCCGCGGCAGCAGGAGGCGGGCAGGAGGCCGGGAGCAUCCCCGCGGCGGGGACAGCCACGGUGCUGGACGAGGUGGAGGUGCUGGACCUGGAGGACGGUGACUGCAGCCAGGACGAGGACACAUGGUUGUAUGUCUCGCCUACUAAGACCCUCACAUCGCAAGUGAAAUCAUUGAGUCCUCUGCAAUGGUGUAGACAUAUUCUGGAUCAUCCAACUCCUGAGAUAGAAGCUGCAAAACGUUCCCUAUGCUUUAGACUGGAACAAGGUUACAUUUCUAGAAGUUCUCCUCUCAGCCCGCAGUCAUCAAUAGACAGUGAACUGAGCACCUCCGAACUGGAGGAUGAUUCCAUCUCCAUGGGAUAUAAACUACAGGAUCUCACUGAUGUUCAGAUCAUGGCUCGACUGCAGGAAGAGAGUCUUAGACAAGAUUAUGCUUCUACUUCAGCAUCUGUAUCAAGACACAGCUCAAGUAUCUCUCUACAUUCAGGAAAGAAAGGGAUGGGCAGUGAUCAGGAAUAUGAUCGCUAUAGCCUUGAUGAUGAAGAAGAGUUUGAUCACCUGCCACCUCCACAGCCCCGACUUACUCGCUGUUCACCAUUCCAAAGAGGAAUUCCACACUCUCAAACUUUUUCCAGUAUUCGAGAGUGCAGGAGAAGCCCCACUUCACAGUAUUUCCCUCCAAAUAAUUAUCAGCAGCAGUAUUAUUCUCCUCAAGCCCAAACGCCAGAGCAGCAGCCAAAUAGGAUUAAUGGAGAUAAACUCAGAAGAAGUAUGCCUAACCUAGCUCGGAUGCCAAGUACUCCUACCAUUAAUAACAAUGCUAGCUCGCCAGUCUGUGUGAGGAACAGUCAAAGCUUUGAUUCCAGUUUACAUGGAGCUGGUAAUGGGAUUUCAAGAAUACAAUCUUGUAUUCCAUCUCCAGGACAACUUCAGCACAGAGUUCAUAGUGUGGGACAUUUUCCUGUGUCUGUCAGACAGCCUCUCAAAGCUACAGCGUAUGUAAGCCCAACUGUACAAGGCAGCAGUAGUAUUCCCUUAUCCAGCACCUUACAAUUAUAUUCUAACAGUGGAAUCCCCAUGCCAAACAAGACUGCAAAUCCUGGGACUGUAGGACGUAGUGCUCUUCCAAGACCAUCAUUGUCCCUAAGUGGGAGUAGUAUACCCAGGAGUAAAAUUGCACAGCCAGUACGAAGUUUUCUUCAGCCUCCAAAGCCUCUUUCUUCUCUUAGUACUCUACGAGAUGGAAAUUGGAGAGACGGCUGCUAUUGAUGUCGGAUGCCCCUGAACAACGGAAAAGAAAUAAUGUGGUUUCUCCUACCCAGCUGGCUGGGUAACUGUGUUACAGGAAGGGAAGGUCCCACAACACUAUUUUCAUUGAGUUUUAAUAUGUAAGAAUAUCCGUUAUACCCUGUCAUUUUUUAAAAAAUGAACAUUAUUAAAGACUAAAUAUUGCACUUAGUCAUUUGCCUGGAAAACUGCAGUGUUAUCAAACUAACAGUUGCUGUACUGUCAUUUAGAACUUAAGAAAUUUUUCUAUAUGUGCAAAAUAUCGGACUUACUUCCUUUGAGAGAGCUAAGAAAUACCACUAUUUCAGACAGCUUUGCCAUAUAGUAGGAUAAUUUAUUCAGUGUACUCUGUAAAGAUAUUAUGCAUUUUGUUGCAACUUUGGGGCCUAUGUUAUAUGCUUAGAAUUUUUUGUGUAUGUUUCCAAGAACUUUAUUUUUUGACUUAAUUCUGUUCACAUUUGCUUGAACCACAGACAGAGGAUUUAAUUUUUGUGUGUGCCAUAAAUAAUGAUUUUGUGGUAAUGUACUAUAUUUUAGCACUAGGAACAUAUCCUUUGAAACAAACCAUGGGCAAUAUGAAAGCAGUAAUUUUUAUGUUCCAAAGCACAAAAGAGUAAUAUUCACUGGAAACUCCAUACAGCUGGGUCAACAUAAUUUUGUCUUUCAUCCAUUUGUUCACAUAUUAAUUUAUUAUCCUAGUGUUUUGUAUUUAUAAUAGCAACAUAAAUCACAUUUCACUUAAAGGGUGCAAUGGUCACUAACCUACAGUUAAUUUUUCAAUACUUUAUUAUAGAAAAUAAAAUUGUAAUGUUUUAAUAAUGGUUGCUUAUGGGAAAUGAAUGAGUUUUAAUGCAAAUAAAUCUUUUUGAUAGACCUUUUACAAAAUCCAGUUGCACUAAUCAAUGCUUUCUUAUAUUGGCAUAUGAUUGAAUAUUUGAUUACAACUGUGUAUACUGCUGUUUUGGAAUGUUUCAGAAAUAAAUAGUCUAUUUCAGCAAUAUCAUGCUGUGCUUUAGUGUGCAAUGCAAACAUUGUGUUUGUGUUUGUAUCUGUUUUUCCCUCUAUCCAUGGCAUAACUUUUUAUUAUAACACUUAGCUACUGAAGAUUUUAUUAUUCAGCCUUUAGAACUCAUUGAAUUUUUUGCAAGAAUAUGCAAAUCUCCAAGGACAAUAAAAAUUGAAUCUAUUUUAGCCAAAUGUUGCUUAGAACACAUACAAAUUUCUUAUUGCUUUUGGAAAAUUAUAAAAUCUCUUGACCCAAAGCAAGGUCUACAAGUACACUGUUUUAGUUGUCCUAAUAAGAGUCAGAGCCCUUUGUAGUGUGAUUUUGCUACUGUGGAAUUGGUCUCAUAAAUGUGCAUUAGAGUAUCUGGCUUCCUUAAUUUGCUUUUAAAAGGUAGAAAUUUAUACUUAUGAGUAAAAUAUACCAAAUGUGAGUGAAUGUAUAAAACUGAUGGCAUCAUGUCUUCAUACAGCCAAAUACAAUAGCUCAGAGGUGCAAAAUGAAUUUUAACUAUUACAAAUCCCAAAUGGAUGAGCGUAGAAUUUUUACUCAAUUUUUACUCACUCAUUGAGUUUCACUCCGUUUUUUUUUAAAGUCAUCCUACAGAAGGUAAGAUUGAGAAUGGAGAAUCUGGGCU